UGCAGCUUAUAUUUACGUACGCAUUUUGGUUUCUCUAUAUAAACAACCCCUCAAACCUGGUUUUAUCUCCCCAUAGAACUCCUUCACGAGUAAAGUUAAGCCGAUUGCAUAGUGUGUGUUUGUUUGUCUCUCGACCGGAAUGGAGGGUGGUCCGCAUAAAGCAGACAAAGCGGAAUUCUCAGAAUGUUGGAGUUCUUUGUGGAGGACGCCGUACAUUAUGCGGCUUGCCCUGUCUGCUGGAAUUGGUGGCUUUCUCUUCGGUUAUGAUACUGGUGUUAUUUCGGGUGCUUUGCUAUACAUUCGGGACGACUUUAGAGCCGUUCAGAAGCACACAUGGCUACAGGAAAUGAUUGUGAGUAUGGCAGUGGCAGGUGCUGUUGUGGGUGCUGGAUUUGGUGGAUGGAUGAACGACAAGUUUGGACGAAAAGUGGCAAUUAUGGUAGCUGAUGUGUUGUUCUUUAUUGGAGCAUUAAUGAUGGCUCUUUCCCCAACUCCAUGGCUUAUAAUCGUGGCAAGAGUGUUGGUCGGUCUAGGAGUUGGAAUGGCUUCCAUGACCGCACCGCUUUAUAUCUCUGAGGCCUCUCCCGCUAAAAUUAGAGGCGCACUAGUCAGUGCUAAUGGCCUGCUAAUCACUGGUGGACAGUUUCUGUCCUAUCUUAUCAACUUAGCAUUCACCAGGGUUCCAGGCACAUGGCGUUGGAUGCUCGGGGUAGCAGCAGUUCCUGCUUUUGUUCAGUUCAUAUUAAUGAUUUUUCUCCCUGAAUCACCUAGAUGGCUUUAUGGGCAGGACAAAGUAGAAGAAGCCCGGACGAUUCUGGAGAAGAUCUAUCCUGCUAACGAAGUAGAACAAGAACUGAUGGCUUUGCAUGAAUCUGUUGUGCACGAGAAGGCAGAAGCAAAAGCCAUAGGAGAUAACAUAAUUGCCAAAUUAAGGAGUGCUUGGGGGAACACUGUCGUUCGCAGGGGACUAUAUGCGGGAAUAACAGUUCAAGUGGCUCAGCAAUUUGUUGGAAUCAAUACAGUCAUGUAUUACAGCCCGACAAUUGUGCAACUAGCUGGUUUUGCCUCAAAUCGGACUGCUCUAACGCUCUCCCUCAUCACAUCUGGUCUCAAUGCCUUUGGAUCUAUUGUUAGUAUGUGCUUUGUUGACAGGUAUGGGAGGAGGAGGUUGAUGAUCAUCUCAAUGUUAGGUACCAUAAUAUCUCUGGUUGUACUCUCGGUCUUGUUUAAACAAGCCAGCAUCCAUUCUCCAGCAGUCAGUGUCUACGAAUCAAAUCACUUUGGAGUAAAUUCCACAUGCCCGAGUUUCUUAAAAGCUCCAAACCCGGCUUCUUGGAGUUGUGAAUCAUGUUUGCAUGCACCUGAGUGUUCUUUCUGCAGUAAUUCUGCCGGCAAAUAUAAUCCGGGGGCAUGCUUAUCUGCGACAACUAUAGUGGAAGGAAUGUGCAAAUCCGAAAGGCGGGCAUGGUACACCCAAGGUUGCCCAAGCAAAUUUGGGUUCUUUGCAGUUUUAGUACUAGGAGCAUACAUCUUAUCCUAUGCACCAGGCAUAGGGACCGUACCUUGGAUUGUUAACUCCGAGAUUUACCCCUUGAGGUACAGAGGCAUAGGAGGAGGAAUUGCUGCAGUUUCUAAUUGGGUGUCAAAUCUGAUUGUCAGCCAGACAUUCUUAACCUUGACCCAGGCUCUCGGCCCUUGGGCCACCUUCCUAUUGUUUGCUGGUUUUGCGCUCAUUGGCCUUACCGCCAUCUUCUUGCUCGUACCCGAAACCAAAGGGUUGCCGUUUGAGGAGGUCGAGAAGUUGCUUGAGAAAGGGUUCAGACCCAAUUUUUUCCGUUGCAAGUCAAAGGAUAGUGAAAUCACACCAGGCCAGACAUUAUAAGUUCAUAAUAUGUUUCAAAGGCAGUGCUUUUAGUUCGGACGUUUACUUUUAUAUUAAUUUAUCAUAGUUUAGUGCUUACUUGGAAAAACUGCCAUCGUUUUUAGUGCAGUUAGUGAGAGUUGCUCAAUCAUGGCUUAACUUUCACUUCAAGUAGAUGAUGUUACUGGUUACCCUAUUAGUAAUGAUGCAAUGGAUAAUGUUCGAUAUUUGGAUGCUUUAUU